CGGCUUGGGUAGUACGUGUGCUUCAGACUUCACAGCAGUUAGCUUGCGGCUACAGCUGAACUGAAGACAGAAACAUGGUGCUGCUUGAAAAUGACUCGUUCCUCACAGAGCUCACACGGCUCUUCCAGAAGUGCAGGACAUCUGGCAGUGUUGUCAUCACACUAAAGAAAUAUGAUGGGAGGACCAAGCCAGUGCCUAGAAAGGGCCACUCAGAGACAUUUGAACCAGCAGACAACAAAUGUCUCCUCAGAGCGUCUGAUGGCAAGAGGAAAAUUAGCACAGUGGUCAGCACCAAAGAAGUAAUCAAGUUUCAAAUGGCGUACUCCAACCUCCUUAGAGCUCACAUGGAUGGACUUAAGAAGAAAGAUAAGAAAAGCAAAAGCAAGAAAACCAAAGCCACCCAAUGAGCAACAGACUCUUUAACAUAUCCAUGGUUACCUUAACUGGCCUGUGCGAUCAGUGGGGGAAAUGGGAAAGGCCUCCGCUUGGUUUGUCGCCCCACCCCACUUUCUCCGCAUUCAUCUGAGGCCGCCAUCACUGUUCAUCCACCCGGUGACUGCUACGAUAUUAUGCCAUUGAUUGCAUGGUAACAUCUCAUCCCUGGCUGUUCAUUGCCACCGGUGAUCUGAAUGCCUGAGGAGGAUUUUUCAAAACUCAUACAAGAUGAAGCAGGUCAGCUUUAUUGAAUCUCCAUAGCUUCUGCUUCAGAAACCAGGUCCUCAACAGCUGCGUCACCUCUGGAGCCAAAUCCAGAUGCCCAAUGAUAAACUGCCUUUCAUACUAUUUAAUUGUUAGAGUGAGUCCCUAUUUAUGUUAUAUUAACAGCUAACCUGUGAGCCCUGUUAGCACAUUUCAAUUGGACUAUUUCUUUAGAAGGAUGUUAAAUUUUCCAGUUAUUUGAAUUUUCUUCAUUUAAAUAUUAAAUUUUUGCUUUGAAAUUUAAGCAUGGGUGCUCAAAAAUGCAGAACUAAAUAUGACCAGGGUUGUUUUAUUUUUGUCAAAUUUCACAGUAUUUGACUUGGCUUGAUAUUGGAGAUGAAAUUGUAUGCUAUGUUUUUAUUUUACUUUUUGAAGUACAAUGAAUAUUCUUGUUUCCCCAUGUCAAGCUGUCAAACACCAAUAAAAUGUACAGUAUAGCUUCAGUUAAUGUGGUGAAUUCAAAUAGACAUUUUCUGAAUGAUGUCAUGAUUAAGUUAAAUAGCACAAAAAACGUAUAAAGUUGUAGAUUUACUUUAAGUAAUUUCUGAGUUAUGAAUACAGAGACAAAGUAUUGGCUGUAAUUCUAAUCAUUUCUCUUUAUCACAACUACAAGGCAGGUUUAGCCACAGCCAGUAGACUCUGUCAGCCAUUUUGUUGUCAUGUCACGCUCCCAAGUCCUGAUCUCAUGGAAGAGAACUGCAGCAGAAUUUAAGUUCAGAGAUAAAGUGCUUUGUUAAAUGUCA